CCCAUGCAAUAGGACUGCGUGGUCACAAUGUACUCAUAUCUUGACUUUGCAUUUGCAGAACGUCUAUUUCCAUGCAAGGGCACGUUUUUUAUGUGUCAAUCGCUAGGGGACUCCAGAGUGGUGAUGCAUGGACACACACUCACUCACAGUCUGACACACUCAGCUAGAUUAAUGUAGCCUACUGCUCAGGAUGUUGCAGCCGCAGCAACCCAUCACAGGCAACGGGCCCAGCGCAAGCCGCGGUCUCGGGUUGAACAUCCACCCGGGAAUGCAUCCCCUUAACCCGGUGCACCCGCCUUCUCAACACCGCCCCGAUGGAGACCCAGCGGGCCUCGAAGGCACCGAAAAUGGACACGACAACCGCCGAGACAUUGGAGAUAUCCUGCAACAGAUCAUGACGAUUACCGACCAAAGUUUAGACGAAGCUCAAGCAAAAAAACACGCUUUAAACUGUCAUCGGAUGAAACCGGCUUUAUUCAGCGUCCUGUGCGAAAUUAAAGAGAAAACUGGUCUUUCCAUGAGAAAUGCUCAGGAGGAGGAGCCUCCAGACCCACAGCUCGUGCGAUUGGACAACAUGCUGCUGGCCGAAGGUGUGGCCGGUCCAGAGAAGGGAGGCGGAGCUGCCGCCGCGGUCUCUGCCGCAACCAGCUCUGGCGGGAUGUCACCUGACAGCUCACUGGAGCACUCCGACUAUAAAAGCAAGUUGAGCCAAAUUCGGAACAUUUACCACACAGAGCUGGAAAAAUACGAGCAGGCCUGCAGUGAGUUCACAACCCAUGUUAUGAACCUGCUGAGGGAGCAGUCUCGCACUCGGCCUGUGUCUCCGCGUGAGAUCGAGCGCAUGGUGGCCAUCAUCCACCGCAAGUUUAGCUCCAUUCAGACGCAGCUCAAACAGAGCACCUGUGAAGCGGUCAUGAUACUGCGCUCACGCUUUCUGGAUGCCAGGCGUAAACGGCGUAAUUUUAGUAAACAGGCCACAGAGGUCCUGAACGAGUAUUUCUAUUCACAUCUCUCGAACCCUUACCCGAGCGAGGAGGCCAAAGAAGAGCUGGCCAAGCAGUGCGGUAUCACUAUGUCUCAGGUGUCCAACUGGUUUGGUAACAAGAGGAUUCGCUAUAAGAAGAACAUUGGAAAGUUCCAGGAAGAGGCUAAUCUGUAUGCCAUGAAGACGGCCUUAGGGGCGACACAGAGCGAGGAAUCACCCCACACUCCAAACUCUACUGGCUCAGGAUCGUUCUCGCUGUCAGGGUCAGCUGACUGCUUCCUAGGAGUUCCACCAAUGAAUGGAGAGCAGCCACCCUAUCACAUGGGGGCUCAGGACGCUCAAUCACGCUUCUCAGAAAGACUCUAUAGUACCAGAGAGAGCCGGACUAAUGGGAACUGGCAGGAGCAGAACACGCCACCCUCCGCCACUUCACCCGGCAGCGAUCACUCCGACAACUCGGACUGAUGAGCUCCUUCCGCUGGCGUCCCGCUCAGAUACCGGAGGACACACGGAAUGACGAAAGAAUGAUGGUCACUCUUCUACCCAAAUGCAGUUUUAGUUUUUCGCAUUUAUUUUGUUUUUAGAAGCUCAUUAUCAGACUUUACAUUGAGCCUCAUUCAUGACACACGAGCAGAGAUUUUCCAUGUAAACCAUUCAUAAAGCUGUUCUUAUGACAAUUGUCGUAUUCCAUUCAAUACGGUAAUUUACGUAAGAAUGGGCCUCAUUCAUGAAGCAUGAAAUAAAUUGAUCGUAAAAUCGUUAUUUUUUGCGUUCAGUUUAGUGAGAGCAGAACAGUUUUCUGUCAUAAUAUCUCACACAUACAUAUUUUAUGUGUGUGUGUGUAAAGCUAAUUUACAUACAAUUUUGUUACAAUUUAUACAUUUGUUGAGCUUUUGUUUCAUGAAUAAGGCCCUUUUCUCCGUUCGGACGAAUGAGUGUGUUUGUGUGAGAGAGAAGAGUUGGAUGAGUUCAUGGCAUUUAGUUGCCGUCUUGUAUUUUAUUUUAGUUUUAUUUUCACUUUUCCACUACAUUACAACUUCCACUAUUUGUUACUGCAAUAUCUGGGUGUUGAAAGGGGAACUUUUUAAACUGCAUUAAGACUGCUUUCAUUAUAGUUAUUAUAUUAUUGUUAUCACUGCUCUAUAUUGUUUAUUCAAAGCUCAGAUAGAAUUGGCUUGGGUGAAGGGGGCAAUAGAGAAAAAUCCAAAGAUUGUUUGUUUGUUUUUUCGUGUGUGUGUGUGUGUGCGUUUCUCUUUUUUACUGGGUUUGUGUAUGUAUCAGUUAUAUGAAUGAGGUGUGUUUGCUGUCUUUAUUUACCGUUUGAAUGAGUAUAUCAACAGUGCUGUCUUUUCUCUGUACAGUGAAACACCUGUAUUCUCUACCUCUUUUACAAUAAAGACUGUCUGUGUACACAUU